AAUGUCAUUUCUUCGACAAAAAUAUAAGGAGAAAUCUUUCGGUUUCGGAAACAUAAAAGAGGGUCGGUCUAUUCGCGCCGAAAAACAAAGAGAGCUGCGUAAACAUCGUAGAGCUAACGCAGUAAUGGAAAAUAGGAAUAUAUUAAAUGCGUCUACUACAUCAGAGAGUAAAGAACCAGAGGUACCUGAUAACGUACAACGUCUUACAAUUAAACUUCUAAAAUGGAAGUCUGAACGCGAUAGACAUAAAAGAAUGGAACAAGCAAAGAGAAGGCCUCCCUUUAUUGUUGGUUUAGUCCAUCAUAAAUUAUAUUCUCCAGCUAGCAAAGAUGAAAAUAUAUUCGUGGGAAAGGCACUGAAUCGAAAACUACCUGUGGCAUCUACCCCUCCUCCAAAAAGAAUUACUAGAGCCACGCAAAAGAGAUUAUUAAAUAAAAUGAAUGCACAGAGUACAAUAACACCUGUGACAACGGUUUCUAAUUCCAAUGCCACUAAGAAGCAAAAGGCUAAAAAAAAUGAGCAGAAACAGGAAACUACAAAGAAACAAGAGCCUUCCUUUGCUCCGCCUAAUUAUAAAUUUAAACUUUCAACAGGAUUAUUAUUUGGUCGAGUACCUAUAGGAAGUAUGUCACCUAUGACAUUGAGCAGUACCAUGUUAUCAUCUUCAAGAAUGACAAGGGCAAGUAAAAGAAAUAGUAAAAGAAAUAGUACUGCAAAAUUUACUGGGGACAAAUUUAAUGACCAACAAUACAAUGCAUCAGCGAUAUUUGAUAAGAAAAAGGGUACAAACGUUAUGAACAAGGCCUCCGUUGAAAUCACAAGAUUAAAUGUUUCAUAUGACCAAAAGAAAACAUCUAAUACAUUAAAUGAUAACGACAACAUGAAUAAUACUAUCACAAUUGAUGAUAAAAAUGAUAGCAAGAAAAGAGAAGAAAAUAACAAGUUGUGUAAUAACAGUACUAAAGAAUCUCAUAUAACACUUAAUAAUAAUGCUAAAGGAGCAUUAUCUUCCUCAAAUAGUAAUAAACCUACAUCUGCACACUCUGAUUCUCUUAACAAACCAGUGUUCUUUUCACCAUAUGUAGUUUCCAGUCGUGGGAAAAGUAUUGCUAGGAAAGAGCAACAGUUGAAACGUGGUUUAAGUCUUAAUUCUUCAGGAAAUGACGAUAUUCCUACAAAAGAUACUGUUAUGAAAAAUUUAAAUAUUUCGAUCGAGGAAGAAGAGCGCACUGCGCAAUAUUUUCAGUUUCUUCUAAACAAGGAAAUAGAUAGAUUAAGCGAAUUAUGCGAGAAAUGGGAAAAGGUGAAGGCAGAGUCCACAGAAAUCGCAGAAGAUGCACAAUACCAAAUUAAUCAGGCUGUUGGACAAACAAAUUUGCUAAUAACUAAAAAGUUCGAAAGAUUUCGCAAUUUAAUUUCCGACUGUGAAACAGGAAAAGGUGAAAUGUUAGUUACAUGUAGAGACUUACAAGGAUUUUGGGACAUGAUGUACAUGGAAGUAAAGAAUUGUGAUUUGAGGUUUGAAAAAUUAGAACGACUCUGUUCGCGAAACUGGGAAGAAGAGGAAUCGUCUGUCAUUGUCAAGCCGCUUGUUAAAAAGAAAACGGCCGCGAUAAAAAAAGUUGUGCCUACAAGGUCAAGUUCAAUUAGGGCAUUUUUGGCAAAAAAUAAAAAGAAACAAGAAACAAGUGUUGAAAGCAGUACAAAAGAGGCUAAAAUUAUAAGUAAUGAAGUUUCAAUUGAUAAACACGGAUUGAAUGAAAGCAGUCCCAAUGUAAAGUAUAAAAGAAGAUCUAUAGCAAUUGAUACGAGCGGCAGGAAAUUGACACCUGCCAAAUACAAUAGAACAAGAAUGAGUCAGAUACAGAAAGUGCAAUUAUCUGAGACCAAAAAAUUAACAUCCCCUUUGGUAGUAAUAAAAAUAAGUCGAAUGUGUAAAACACCGGAAUCAUCUUAUUUAAACUCUACUCAAACACCAGGAAAAAGUAUAUUGAAACUACCAAAGGAUUCAAUUGAAGUGGAACCUCAUUCAAAAAUAACUCAUAAAGUAAAUUUCGAUGAUACUAUAACAUUAAAUGAAAUUUCAACUGACGAAGAAAAGCAAAGAGACACGGAUUUAACUACGGCUAGAAUAGAUAAUUUUAACUUCGAUUGUUCCGAAGACGGUGUAUCGAUUCACGCGGCAAAGAAACUAAAUUUUAACGAUAAUGGUAUUAAUGAACCUGAAAAUAUAUUUGAUGAAAUGCAAGAUUCUGAAAAAGAAAACACAUCAGUUCCAACUAUACAAAUACAGUCUGCAACACCGUUACAUGGAUCUGUAUCGAAUAAUAACUUAAACGCGUCGCGACGAAGAAGAAACAUCGAGCGGCAAAAUGCUUUCGAUGAAAAUGACGAAAUAUCUGAUGAAACUACACCAUUGAAUACUACAGUUUCCAUACCAUUUAAAGAAAUUACAGACGUUGCAGAUCUAAAUAUAUUGGAAGAAAAAUCAGAGAAUCACAUGCCUACAAAUGAUGAAGAGAAAGUAGAUAAUGCUAAUGAAAGUGCAAGAGUUUUGAGAACUAAAACAGUUACCCAAGGAAAUCUACCUCAGCAUAAGAGAAGAUCUUUGCGGAUAUUAUCUCUAAGUGUAAAAGAAUCAGAGCACAAAGAAAAUAAAAUUCCUUUGGAAACGAGAAGAAGUUCGAGCAUCAAUAUCAAAGAUAAUGAUAAAAUCGAUUCAAAGAUAGAUUUAGAAGAUGCACUUGAUAAUAUGAGUUUAAAUCAAAGAUGUGAGAGGAGAAGAUCGAGAAGGAGCGUUAAAUUUAUUGAUUGCAGUGUUUGUAUAGAAACAAAACCGGUACUUCCCAUGACUCCUCAUGUUAGACGGAGCAAAACACAGUCUAAAGAAAAGGUACAGAGUAUGUACACGGAAGGUGAUGUGCCAGAAGAAACUUCAGCAAAAGCUCCUACACGAGUCAGAAGAUCACGAAACAGGAAAGUAUCGUCCGUUAACUUUGAAUAAUUAUUUUAAUCGCAGACUAUAUUUGUAACAAGUUUGUUACAAUUAUGUAAUCGUGCAUUUACGUAAUAUUCUUAAUUUUAACACUUUUUAAGUUCUUUUUAUUGCAAAGACUUCGUUGAUUGUUUAAAAGAGCACGACUAAACAUAUG